GUAGAGCAAGACGUUGAAGAAACUACCACAGAUGAGAUCGUUGCGGAGCCUCUUGUUGCUGACGUGGAUGUGAUAGAGGAGCAUACAGUCAAGGAAGAAAAGAAGGUCAAGGCCGUGAAGAUCCCCGAAACUCUCGACCCCGAUGUACUUCUUGCUCAGGUAAAGCUCCCGUUAUCUAUUUCCUUGUUACCUGUAUUUGUAUGUGUAUUAAGGGUGUAG